ACUCGGCGCUCGACUAGGCGGCCUGCGGAAGCCGGAAGUGGCUGCUGAGAGUCAGAAAGAACGUCAGUGGCUCCCGGUGAUGAUGUAACCGGUACCGCCGGGGCCCCGACACCGAGAGCGGCACCGGGACUGCAGCCAUGAACCUGCUGCCCUCCAACCCGCACGGGAACGGCCUGCUGUAUGCCGGCUUCAACCAGGACCACGGAUGUUUCGCAUGUGGGAUGGAAAACGGCUUCCGGGUUUAUAACACCGAUCCACUGAAGGAAAAGGAGAAACAAGAGUUCAUGGAGGGCGGCAUUGGAUACGUAGAAAUGUUAUUCCGAUGUAAUUAUCUGGCUCUGGUCGGGGGCGGGAAGAAGCCCAAAUAUCCACCCAAUAAAGUCAUGAUCUGGGACGACCUGAAGAAGAAAACUGUGAUUGAGAUCGAGUUCUCUACGGAGGUGAAGGCCGUGAAGCUGCGCAGAGACAGGAUCGUGGUGGUGCUGGAUUCCAUGAUUAAAGUCUUCACCUUCACCCACAACCCCCAUCAGCUGCACGUCUUUGAAACCUGCUACAAUCCUAAAGGUCUCUGCGUCUUGUGUCCAAACAGCAAUAACUCCUACCUGGCCUUUCCCGGGGCUCACACCGGCCAUGUGCAGAUCGUAGACCUGGCCAGCACUGAGAAGCCCCCCGUGGACAUCCGCCACGAGGGGGUCCUGAGCUGCAUCUCUUUAAAUCUACAAGGGACCAUAAUCGCGACCGCAUCAGAGAAGGGAACGCUCAUUAGAAUAUUCGACACGACAUCUGGACAUUUAAUUCAAGAGCUGCGCAGAGGGUCACAGGCCGCCAACAUUUACUGCAUAAAUUUCAAUGAGGACGCCACUCUGAUCUGCGUCUCCAGUGAUCACGGCACUGUCCACAUCUUUGCAGCAGAGGACCCCAAGCGAAACAAACAGUCCAGUUUGGCCUCCGCCAGCUUCCUCCCCAAGUACUUCAGCUCUAAGUGGAGCUUCUCCAAGUUUCAGGUUCCCUCCGGAUCGCCUUGUGUUUGUGCCUUUGGAACAGAACCAAACUCUGUUAUAGCUAUCUGUGCGGACGGCAGCUACUACAAAUUCCAGUUCAACCAGAAGGGCGAGUGCACGAGGGACGUCUACGCGCAGUUUUUAGAAAUGACGGACGACAAGCUCUGAGCCCCUCUGAGGAGGGAACGGACUCCAUGUCAGGAAUGCGGCAGAAAUGUCGGGGAGGGGGAACCCCAAGAACUGAAAGAAAAAUCCUUUUUUUUUUUAAAUAAUUUUUUUUUAACAAUCUGUUCGGGUCUCAUCACAUUUUAUCUAUGAAAUCCUUGCUCCCCCCCCACAGAGCAGUAACGGCGCGCUGCGUGGUCCGUCAGUCUUUUCAUUUCUGCCACAGACUGCAUUGAAUUAACGCUCGUAGAUGAAGAAGGUUCCUAGGGUUCUAGAACGUUCUGGAUACAGUAUUAAAGGCGGGACUAUCCAGUAGAGAUCCCGUAAUAGACAUCAUGAUAAAGAAGGAAACCUCCUCACAUAGCCCCCCCUGUACCCCUCAGUCAAGGAAGGCCAAGACAACCUGGGUGUGCAGUGCACAUUGUGACCUAGCUGAUGGUUUGCUACAAUGUAUCGGUGUAGGUAUGCGCCAUCAGCCUGGAGUCCAUGACUGUAGAGGCUGCGUCUUUCUAUAAACGGAGUUAAAGGGGCCCUCCACCUCUAGACCUGAAAUUGCGAAGGUCAUAUUGCCUGAUGGCUCUAUUUAAGUCACUCCAUGCCAACCCUGCAUUGGCAGUAUUAAUCAGAUAUUUUAAUUAAUGAAGGUGACCUGAAAGGAUGA